UAAAUAGCUGCUUACCUUCUUGGGAACCUUACCUGCCAAGGCAUUUACCUAGCUUACCUCACUACAUCAUAAUCCAUAUAAUCCUGCAUUUUAUUUUGUCAGCCUCAACAUCGUCAUAGAGGCUGGGUUGGGCAUGAUUUACGAUCUUCACAACUCCUAGCGUCAUUCCUCUUCGGGCGCCACGAGCACUAUGAAUUUAUCAACCAAUAAAGCCCAAGAGCUGCGCGACAAGAUCUCGCAGACGGAAGAAGAACUUCAAGAUUUACGAAGGCAACUAGUUGAACUCGAGUCACCGGUCCCAGAUCCAAGUGCAGAACAGGAAUCUACUUCAGCACUAGAUCGUGAAAACCCCGUGGACACAAUACCUGAGUGGAAAUGGCCUUUGAAAGAGGAUGAAUAUUCCCGAUAUGCUCGUCAGCUUAUUUUGCCUACAGUCGGCAUCAGAGGCCAGUUACGCCUGAAAUCCACCGCUGUAUUGGUAAUCGGUGCUGGAGGACUAGGAUGCCCGGCCGCUGCAUACUUAGCCGGUGCGGGAGUCGGCACUCUCGGGGUCGUUGAUGGCGAUACAGUCGAAGCCUCUAAUUUACAUCGUCAGAUCGCACACAGUACCUCAAGAGUUGGUAUGAUGAAGGUGGACAGCUUGAUCGAGUACUGCCGAGGACUUAAUCCGAAUGUGCCGUACGCUCCCCACAGAGAACAUCUCACACCCCAGAAUGCGGAGAGCAUUGUUUCUAAAUACGAUGUGGUCUUAGACUGCACUGAUCAUCCAACGUCUCGGUAUCUAAUAUCCGAUAUCUGCGUUUUGCUGCAGAAACCACUCGUCUCCGCAUCCGCUCUGCGCACAGACGGGCAGCUGAUCGUUCUAAAUAAUCCGCCGACAGCCCAAGGUUCUAAAGAAGGCGGGCCGUGUUAUCGCUGCGUGUUUCCUAAGCCACCUCCUGCUGAUAGCGUAGUCAGUUGCGGCGAAGGCGGCAUUUUGGGGCCGGUCGUGGGGGUCAUGGGUGUGCUGCAGGCACUUGAGACUAUAAAAUUGAUUGCGGCCGGUAUUAAGGAAGAGAUCAACUCAACGCCAAAAGAGAAAGUUACACCAAGUCUGCUUCUAUUCUCCGCUACUUCAACUACAUCAUUCAGAUCUAUCAGAAUGAGAAGUCGACGACCCGACUGUUUUGCUUGUUCUUCUAAAUCAACUUUGACUUUGAAAGAACUACACUCCGGUUCAUUGGAUUAUGUUCAGUUUUGCGGGGUAACGACACCGGUUAACGUACUGAAGCCCGAAGAGAGAAUCACCGCUACAGAGUAUAAUGCCAUUCUAGCAAAACAACUCGAUAAGACACAUCUAUUGUUGGAUGUCCGCGAAAAGGAGCAUUUUGAUAUUGGCAGCAUAUCAGGUGCUGUGAACGUGCCAUUUUCUACAUUACAGUCCCGCGGUAAGUCAAUUACCAAUGGUGAGCGAUUGGAACUAGAAUACAUACCAGAUACAUUACCACCUGAUGCAGCUAUAUACGUUGUCUGUCGGGUAGGAAAUGAUUCACAGUUGGUGACACAAAAGUUGAAAGAAAUGGGUUUAGACAAAAAUGGAGGUCGCUUCAUAGGCGAUAUUAAGGGGGGUAUGCAGGCGUGGAAGCGCGAAGUUGAUAACACGAUGCCAUUCACGUAAUAUUUUCAAGUCUCAUGUCUCAUGCUUCAUAAUGCAUCAAAACUCGUGGCCAAUAUGGGAAAGGGGGGGUUCCAUUCCGAAAAUCCAUUCCAAUCCUUGCUGCUGUUAUUACAUGGGAGGGAGAGGCACCAAACGCCUAUCCAUUGAAU